AUGUUACAGGAAUCAAUAGAGCCAGAGAUAGAAGAAAAGACCAAUGAUAGCGUUGAGACUACUAGGAAGACUACAGAAAAUGAAGACGACGAGAUCAAGAUUCACACGGAAUUAGCAAUAAAACACUUACGCGUAACGCCAGCAACAAGAGUCGAACAACAAGAAGAACUUCUUCAGUUUAUCGCUCGCAAGGAACGCCGAAUUCUCGAACUCAAGGAAGAACUUGCUCGUCAAGAAGAGGAAUUAAACCUUCUAAAAGAACAAUGGGAAACAAUAACGCUCGAAGAGAAUGAUAUCGAUAAUAGAGCUUCUUCCGAUAUCGAUGAUAUGUUCUCGCUUGGGUCUGAUAUAUCUGGUGAUGAGGACGAGGAUGACGGGAAGAAGAGAGAAAAUGCGAAGGAACGUGGAGACGAGACUGUCGGAGGGAAAAAGGGCAUUGCGUUCGGUUUGGGGAACGGAGUCGGAAAUGGGUUCAAGGGGAUAUUUGGAGGCGGUGCCGAGAAAGAAAGGAGACGCGAAACUUUAUCUAAUAUACGCUCGGCUGUCAUAGAAGUAACGGAUUCUGAGCGAUUCAAGCAGACACGACAAAAGACAUAUGAUCUUACCGCUAAAGCGUGGGGAAAUUUGAGUAAAGGAAUUUCUAAUCUAGCCCAUUCUGAGGCGCUUCGAAAUGCCCGCCGUAGAACAUAUGAGACUGUGCACACGUUCAAUGAUAAACUUGCAUCACCAACCACUCGGCCAACAACAAAUGCGACAAAUACUGCAGCUGCUAGUCUUCGCAAAAUUUCCGAGUAUUCCAUUUCAAGGACUCCGCCGGACGUUACUCAUGAAGACGAUUAUAAGGAAGACGAAAGGAAGUACGAUAUUGUGGUUGCAGAGUCACCGAUCGAUGAUCCUAAUAGUAGUAUUGGUCAGGAGUUUAUUAUUGGAGAAGAUUAA